UUUCUCGAGUGCGCUUAAGAAUAGUGUGAGCGUCCGUUAGUGUAAAGCAAAUCAAAUAUUCAAGUGCGCACAAACAAAAACAAAAAAACAUAAUAAUAAUCAAUUUUAUCAGCGGCUUAAGUGAAGUUUCAUUAUUCAACUUUUCAUUUUAUUUUGUGAAAUUUCCAGUUCUGUUUUGGUGGCGUUGUAAGGUGUGCGUGUGUGUACGCGUUUUAGAAGCUACAAAUUCUAUGAGCGUGCCAUUGUGUUGGUGAACAAAAUGCAUUCAACUGCAAGUAGCUGCCCAUUCCGCGGUACCCAGAAAUUUUUUAUUAUUUUCGUUUUAUGUGUGCUGCACUACAACUUGGGCGAAGCGCGUCCGCAAAGUGCAGAACAUGAAAAUGUAGCGGCCGGAAAGAAAUGCGGUUAUGAGAGCUGCCCCAAAACCCAACCCAAUAUGUUGAAUGUCCAUCUUGUGGCACACACCCACGAUGAUGUGGGCUGGCUAAAGACCGUCGAUCAAUAUUAUUAUGGCAGCAAAACGCUUAUACAAAAAGCCGGCGUGCAAUACAUUUUGGACUCGGUAGUGCAUGAACUGUUGCGAGAUCCAGAAAAACGUUUCAUCUAUGUUGAAUCGGCCUUCUUCUUCAAAUGGUGGCGCGAACAGGAACCAGAGCUGCAGGAGCAAGUGAAAAUGCUGGUAAAUGAGGGACGUCUGGAGUUUAUCGGUGGCGCCUGGAGCAUGAAUGACGAGGCGACCGCGCAUUAUCAGAGUAUAGUCGAUCAAUUUACUUGGGGUUUGCGGCGCCUCAAUGACACUUUUGGCGAGUGUGCGCGACCACGCAUCGGCUGGCAGAUCGAUCCGUUUGGGCACUCGCGUGAAAUGGCUUCAAUGUUUGCGCAAAUGGGUUUCGACGGCUUGUUCUUCGGGCGUCUCGAUUAUCAGGACAAAAUGGAGCGUUUAACCACCAAAACAGCGGAGAUGAUAUGGCGCGCCUCGGCCAACUUGGAAGAUACAUCCAAUCUGUUCACUGGCGCUCUGUAUAACCAAUACCAGCCACCGCCUGGCUUUUGCUUUGAUAUCCUCUGCGCUGAUGAACCGAUAAUUGACGCCAAGCAUAGCCCAGAUAAUAAUGUUAAACAACGUAUCGAUGAAUUCAUCGCAAUUUCACGCAAUAUGUCCAAGGGCUAUCGCACCGAUAAUAUACUCGUUACAAUGGGUGAAGAUUUUCACUAUCAAGAUGCGAAUAGCUGGUUCAAGAACCUCGAUAAGUUGAUCAAAUACACAAAUGAUCGGCAAGUGAAUGGUUCCAAUGUAAAUCUUCUCUAUUCGACACCUUCUUGUUAUCUGAAGUCUCUGCAUGACGCCGGUAUAAGCUGGCCAACAAAAGAUGAUGAUUUCUUCCCAUACGCCUCAGAUCCACAUGCCUACUGGACGGGUUACUUCACCUCUCGGCCCACCCUAAAACGUUACGAACGCGUUGGCAACCAUUUUCUACAAGUUUGUAAGCAACUCACCGCCAUGGCACCAAAUACCGCUGGCCAAUUCGAUCCGCAUCUCUCAUUCAUGCGCGAAGCAAUGGGUGUCAUGCAGCAUCAUGACGCAGUCACCGGCACCGAGAAGCAAGCGGUUGCUGACGACUAUGCGCGCCAUCUAGAAGUAGCAAUACGCGCUUGUGCAACUAACACAAAGGAAGUCUUAAAUCAGCUGACUGUGGACACAACAGGUUCCGAAAGUGCUACAGAGUCUGGAACACGAGAACGCCGAUGGGCUACUGGUCCCAAAAGGGAAUAUACAUUUAAAUUUGAAACUUGUACACUGCUCAAUAUCAGUUCGUGUGCAGUACCCGAACAGGCUGAAAAAUUUGUUUUGACUCUAUACAACCCACUGGCUCAAACAGUUUCUGAUUUCGUGCGUAUACCGGUACCGGACGUGAACUAUGAGGUUAAGGAUUUCGAUGACGUUACAAUGGAAACGCAGCUCUUACCAAUUCCUGUCCCUAUUCAAGAUCUCAAUUUCCGAAAAUCUAGCGCACUUUAUGAACUUGUUUUCCUUGCAAGCUCACUGCCACCGCUGGGUUACAAGUCUUAUUACAUAACAAAAACAAAUGACAACCACAUGAAACCUGUGCCAGAUCCCGCAAAUAAGUCGAGUUUCACAAGCAUAGGAAAUGAGUAUAUUCGACUCAACUUCGAUACCAACGGUUUUCUAGUAACUGUCACCGCCGACGGCAUGACACGCAUAGUCAAUCAAGAAUUUGUGUAUUACGAAGCCGCCAUAGGUAACAAUCGCGAGUUCCGUAAUCGCUCUUCAGGCGCAUAUAUUUUCCGACCUGCCCACGAUCAAGUCCGUUCGAUUUCUCUACAACCCAAACUUAAAAUCUAUCGUGGUAAUCUAGUGGAGGAAGUGCACCAGUCAUUCAAUGAGUGGGUCAGUCAAGUGGUGCGUGUCUAUCGACAACAGCAUCAUGCCGAAUUUGAAUGGCUCGUCGGUCCGAUUCCGGUGGACGAUGGAAGAGGCAAAGAGAUUGUUAGUCGUUUCAACUCGGAUAUAGAUUCAAAUGGUGUCUUCUACACUGAUUCGAACGGUCGUGAAAUGCUUAAACGUAAACGAGAUCAUCGCGAUACUUGGAAGGUGAAAUUGUUGGAGCACACCGCUGGCAACUAUUAUCCCAUCACCACGAAGAUCGCUUUGGAGGAUGAAAACGCACGUAUGGCCAUACUAACGGAUCGCGCACAGGGUGGCAGCUCUAUGGGCGCUGGCUCUUUGGAAUUGAUGGUUCAUCGACGUCUAUUGCAUGACGAUGCCUUCGGCGUUAACGAGGCCUUGAAUGAGACCGCUUACGGAGAGGGUUUGAUAGCGCGUGGCAUACACUAUCUCAUCGUAGGCUCAUCAAAGAAACAGCAAAGUCCCACUACACAGGCAAUUGAACGCUUCACGCAGUUGCGCAAAUUAUUACCGGCCUGGAGUUUCUUCAGUGAUGCUGAGAAUAUAAACUAUGCCGACUGGCGUGAAAAUUUCACUAACAUUUUCACCUUCAUAGAAUUUGAGCUACCGAAAAAUAUACACCUCAUGAGCUUCGAACCAUGGCACGAAAACGAGGUACUCGUACGCUUCGAACACAUACUGGAGAAGGAUGAAGAUCCCGAGUAUUCGAAAGCCGUGCAAUUUAAUGUGCAAACCGUAUUAUCGAGCUUAAAAAUCGCAGAUAUGCGUGAAACCACGCUUGCAGCAAAUGCUUGGUUGGGCGAUAACCAACGCAUGGAAUUCGUGCCAGAUGGACCGGAGGUUGGCUACAACUCUUACGGUGUUUACCAAAGGUCAGUUCAGCAUCAACUUUUGUUGAGAGCCGACAGACCGUUACUGGGUGCGAAAUACUACGACCAAGCAAAAAAUCCGAAGCGAGAAGAAAACGAAGAUGAAGAGCAAAUGCAAACGAAUCGUAUAAAACGCGAUACCGAGGAGUCGCAGGAACUUAAUCGCGAGCGUGCAGAGAAGCUACGUAAACUGAAGGUGCGAAAGCAGACUUUGGCGGAAAAGUAUAUGAACGGCGAUGACCGUUUCGUCGUCGAACUAAGUCCAAUGCAAAUGCGAACCUACAUACUCACCUUGCAGAAGGACAACUGAAAGAAAAUAAAUGGAUGUAAUGGUUUUACCAGUAAAUAUUUUGUUCAUACAGACAUGUAGUUCUACAUAAAAGACCCGAAUUCAAGAUAUUUGGUAAAACAGUACACAGUUUUUGUAGUGAUAUGAUAGAUGAGAUAUCAAGGCAGCUGCAGGUGCUCCAAGUAAAUGAAUAUAUAUGCAAAAGUU